GUCGUAAAUUUACAUGGCGUUUACGACGAAAGUUAGAUUCCUCGUAAUUUCGUUGUAAAGCCCAUGUAAAUUUACGACAAAAUAUUUUCGUCGUAAAUGUUCGUUGUUAUGGGCACGUUUUCUUGCGGUGCGGGUUCAUACUCCCGAACAUCAUCCGGUCUUUUUCAACAACAAAAACAAUUAUUGGAUAGCAUAUCUAAUUGGUGAGAGAUGAAUUGGCUUUUAAACUGUAAAAUCCAAAAGAAUUUGAUUGCCAAAAAAACUUGAUUAGAGAUUUUUAUCCAUAAUCUUACAUGAUUUUUUUAUUAUUAAUUUGUUUUAGUGUGACUAACCAAUAAUACUACACUAGUUCAACAAAUCCAAAUACUCACAGCUAAUAUUUUAAGAAAUUACAAUUUUAUGAGAAACAAUUAGGAAGAAAUGCAAAAAAAAAUUAUUAUUGAAAAUAAAAAUAUAAAAAUUUUAUCAGAAACCGUAAGUUUUUAUAUUAUAGUAUCUCAUUAAAAAUAAACAAAAAACAGAAGAAAUGAUAAACAAAAGGAUUCUUAUCUAUUUAAUAAAUCGUGAGAAAUUCAUAUAAACUAAUAUGACAUUCGUGUCUUUAUGGAUUGUUUAUUUUAUUUUAAAAAAGAUUGUAUUAAAAUGUUGAGAUAUUUUUGGAUUUUUUAACUUAUAGAGAGAGUCUUUAAGUAAAAGAGAUUUAAAUAUGGGUAUACAACUUUGACCAAGAUUGUUUUGGAUAAUCUCUCUUUCAAUGUUUUUCCGAGGAAAGAUAUAUACCAAAAUCUCUAAGCAAAUUUGUAACCAUGAGAGUAAAUACAAAAUCCUCUAGUUAUGUCAUAAAUAUAUAUGAUUAAUAAUUGAUCAGGUGAACUAAUAUAUAUAUAUUCAUCAACAGAGUGGCAGAGACAACACACUUUGAGGUAUAUCACUCGGUCUCGGCUCCUCUUAAUCCUUAUGUGUAUUGUGGGUUUUGUCUAUUCAAAAUUCUAGUGAGUGUUUCUCUUUGUGUAUUGGUUCUAUAAUACAUUUGUCGAGAGUUACAGUGGUGUCCAGCGAGAUGGGAAUGCGUAGCAACACGGGCUUAUUCUUCUCACAGCCGCAACCAAUCAUCGAUGAUGAUGGCCACACCGAUGAUGAGUUUGAUGUAGAUAAGCUUGAGAAGAGGAUAUGGAGGCAAGGAAUGCGCCUAAAACGUCUUAAGGAACGUAGAAAGAAUAAAGAAAGAGAUGAUGAGCAACUGAUCUCGAAGUGCAUGUUUAAAAUGAUGGAAGUGUGUAACGCACAAGGCUUUGUUUACGGGAUCAUUCCCGAGAACGGGAAACAUAUAAUAAGUGCUUCUCAUAAUCUUCAAGAAUGGUGGAAAGAUAAGGUUAGGUUUGACCUUAAUGGUCCAAUUGCUAUAGCAAAGCACCAAGAAUCAAAUAAUAUGGUUUGUGAGAGUAAUGAAGAGGGUAACAAUAUUGCAAAUCAACUAUCUCAAAAAUUUCUAAGAGAUCUUCAAGAUCCGACUCUUGGAUGGCUUUUAUCAGCAUUGAUGCCACAUUGUGAUCCUCCACAAAGACGGUUUCCUUUUGAGAAAAGAGUUAGACCGCCAUGGUGGCCUACAGGGGAAGAGUAUUGGUGGCCAAAAGAUCAAGGUCCACCGCCUUAUAAAAAGCCUCACGAUCUGAAGAAGUCAUGGAAAAUUGGUGUGUUGACUUCAGUUAUCAAGCAUUUGUCUCCUGGUACAAUGCGUGAGAUUGUUACUCAAACUAAAAGUUUGUGGAAUAAGAUGACUACUAAAGAAAAGGACAUUUGGUUUAACGUAAUUGAAGAAGAAGAGGCCUCAAAACAUGAGAAAAUGUUAAAUACUUCAAACUUUGAGAUUAAUGUUGGAUUUCAAGACAUGAAUUCAAGAGAAAACAACCAACCGAUUUGUCGAAACCGAAAUGGCCUUUUUGCAUCAUCCAAGUUCCAUGUGAUGCCUAUGCACGACAGAAACAUUAAUGGGAACCAAUCUUGUUUAGUGGAGGGAAAUCAAAGCGUGAACCUUCAGCCAGAAGCUCAGAAUCAUCAAGAACAUUGGCAUUUCGGUAGAAGUGAAGGAAACAUUGUCGAAAGGAGUUCUGUGGAAGAUUUGAUGAAGUUGUCAAGCAACAACAAUAAAAGAACGGUUUGAUUUAAUGUUUGGUUCUCCACCGUUGAAUAUGGCAUCGUUCGACGGUGGACAGAAGCAUAAAAACUUAUAUGGUUCGUCUUAAAUUUUACUUGAUAUAUAUGGUACGAUCUCUUCUUCUCAUCUUUACCAAAUAAAUGGUCAAUUACUGUUUUUAGAAAUAAAACUUGAGUUUUCUGAAUAUAAUGCAAUCACAAAUCUUGUUUUUUGUUUCUUUUUUUAAUUUUCUGUAAAAUUAUCACAUAUCUUUAGUUUUCACAUAUUUAAAACAAAACAGUUGUACUUUAGACUAUUCCAUUGCUGAUUAAUACAAUCGAAUAUUUUAAAAGGCUUAAUUAGCGAUAAGCCAACUAAUACAAAACAUUCGAGGAAAUUUUGAAAUGUUUCAAAGCUGCCCUAUGAUACCCUAAUUUAGCCAUGAGCGUUCAAUUCUCGGUUCGGUUCCGGUUUGUUUCUUUCGAUUCUCGGUUCGGUUCCAGUUAUUUUAUGUCGGUUAUAGAGGUUUAGGAUCCGUUACGGUAUUUAGAAAGUUCGGUUUGAUUCUGCUUCGGUUAUUUUAGUUUUCGGCUCGGGUAACAAAAUUGGAAAUCAUCAUCUUAUAUCUAAAGUAAUAUCGGAUCCUAUUUGGUUCCGGUUUUUUGGUUAAAUUUGGGUUAAAAAGGCAAAACCCCAAAAUUUUCUGGAUUAACUAUCAGAUUUUUUUGGGGUUUAAGAAAUAAAUGUGGAUAAUUCAGAUAAUUUAAAGUAUUUUGGAUAAAAACUAUUCUAAUAAUUCAUUUUUGGAUAUUUUAACGUAUAAAUAAUAUUUUUAAAUUAUUUGGUUAUUUUAAAACUAAAUAUAGUUAAUAUAUAAACUAUAUUAUAGAAAUUAAGGUAUCUACCCGGUUUGGUUUUGGUUCAGUUUGGUUCUGGUUCUGAUUUUUUGGUUCUAGAUAUGUGGAUCGACAAUAUAAUUGAUAGGAUCCAAACCUGAACUUGUUUUUCAGUUCGGUUCCAAAAAAAUGUGUCUGGCCUAACUUGUCAUGACACCAAAAUGGUUUUCAAAAAUAAUUUAACUAUUACGUUUCAUUAUACUUGAUGAUUUAAUGGUAGUGGAAAAAAGAAAAUGGUAAAAAUCGUUACAUAUGUUUGAAUCUACUGCGGAAUUGGUUCA